ACGUCUCAACCCGGAAAAGGGAAUCUAUUCUUUGGGGUAAAUUAUUGUUGGCAUUCCUGCGCUCCUGCCGCGGUGGAGGUCUGAAGCCAGAGAUCCCCUGUUCCGGAGCGGUUCCUGAAGGUGACAUCCGCCUCUGACCUCCUCGGGUAUGGAACAUGGCAACAACGGAGGCGCAGUGGAUGCUGAGCGUGGGUUUAAUUGAGAAGGACGUGAACGGAGACACGCUGUGGGUGUGGUGCUACCCGUCCGUGGGUUCUGAUCUCAGGCAGGUUCUGCUGAGGAAGUGCUGCCUGACCCAGGACAGCCGGCAUUUCGGAACCUUUGUUUUUGGUCAGUUCAGCCGCACCUGGUACUACAUCAGCACCGCGGAGGUGCAGGAACCCACAGCUCUGGCCAAGGUGACCCAUUUCUCCGUCGUCGUGACGUCAAAAGAUUUCAACCCUGAGAAAUAUGCGGCGCUCAGCAGAAUCCUCUGCAGGAUGUACAUCAAACAUGGCAGUCCCGUAGAGAUGAUGGAGGCCUACAUCACCGUUCUGACCAAAGGGGUCUGCCCGAGCGACGAAAACGGACCCUUUCUCAUUAAGGACUACGACGUUCGCAAAGCUUACCUGACAGGUUCAGUCAAAGACGUUGUGUCUCAGUUUGGAAUGGAGGCCAUCAUCCUUUACACGGCCCUGAUGCUGAAGAAGAGGAUUGUGGUCCAUCAUCCCCGGAUCGAGGCUCUGUUGGAGUUCACCAGGGCUCUGCCGGCCCUGGUGUGGCACAGAAAAGACUGGUCCAUCCUUCAUCCGUACGUCCAUCUGGCCGAGCCGGAGCUGCAGGAUCUGAAGACGUGUCCUGGAUACGUCGCAGGAUUUGUAGAUCCAGAAGUGAGCAACAGACCGGACUUGUUUGAUGUUUUCGUGAGUCUUCCAGACGGUGUCAUCACCGUGUCCCAGAGUGCUAAAGACGCCAUGGCUAUGGGGAAGUUACACAAAGACAUCGGCCACGCCAUCGUGCGGUCUGCAGAAGAUGCUGAGGGAUCCGACAGUCGGCUCAUUAAGGACAUUUCUACUAAGACCAAGGAAGUUCUCGCCACCCUGGCAGCGCUGGCCAGCGAGUGUGAAGACUCCAAGGUCACCCUGGAAGCCUUAAAGCGGCGCCACUUCCCCCCUGCCACCGAGAACUUCCUGUUUCAUUUGGCAGCUGCAGAGCAGCUUCUGCGGAUCUGAUCCUGAGACGCUGCGUCUGAGUGAGGAAGAAAUGUCAGUGGAAGCAGCAGAUCCAGCCUGAACCCUGCAUGUGUUCAUCCUCCAUGAUCAGGAAACCUGGACACGUGACGAGCGGUUCCGGCUUAUCGGACAGAAACUGGUCUGAUCAUGUGUGCAUAAAACAGUUUUAAUAAUUUUCUAUUUCCUUAAUGGCAUCAGAGCCUCAGAUGAUCUGCUUUGAACACAUUUCUAAAUCUGAUGGAUGCUUUUGAUUGGCUUUUCCUGCAGGGUGGUGAACACGGCGGCUUUUAUUCACGCUGUUCUGCCUUCAGACAUGAAACCUGUAAGAAGCUCGUCUCUUGUCUUAGUCCACAGCUCAAUAAAGUUUUAUCCUGAAGUGGU